AUGGCGGCUGCGACGGCUUCUACGCCGCCCGUCAUGUCUCCGACUGCAAGCCCGAAUCAUCUUCGAAAGCACUUGUCACCCGAGCGACUGACUUUCGGCGACGAUGGGGGCCGCAAUCCAGUAUCGGCAAGAAUUCGGGAUGCCCCCGCCUCCCCAGUCAGGGUGAACUUUCAAGCCGACAACUGGGCCCAGCCAUCGAAUGCGAACAUUGAGUUGGCGCAACCCUAUCAAGCAGAGUUCUCUACAGUCGAUCGUCCUCGAGAACAAAACGUACCGACCCCUCCUCAAGACACGUACAAGACCUACGAUCGGUCCCCGGGACGACAGACAUUGCCUCCACUCAAGACCUCCCCCUCGUACACUGCCGAGCCCGAGGACCUGAAUCCUGCGAAUUCCCUCGCGUCCAACAAAGCUGGUCACGAGCAAUCCCACCCGCGGGAGCGCCACACACAGGGUUCGGAUAGCUUCAGCCCACACAGCAGCACACCGCGGGUGCAAGAUGGCAACCGCCACAGUCGAGAGUCGGCCACCACCACCUCGAGCACUACACAACAACAAGCAUCGGCAGAAUCAUCUGCGACAACGAGUGCAAGCUCCAUUUCUGGCGGCCUCAAUGAGCUAUCUGAGUACAAGGAAGAUGAGUCUCCCGAGAGCUCUGUCGUGGAGGGCAACAUGCCGGGGAACCACUCCGUUCCCAUGUUCCAAUACUACCACCACCAGGAGUAUCCUCCCCGCGUCUCGAGCGUCCCCCAAGAACUCGAUACCCGUCGAUCGUCCUCUAACCCCAGCCUCAACGCCGACGGAACGCCCGUCAACCGUCACUUGACGCCAACGGGGUUCGCCAGGAGGACCUCGAUGCCGCGUCCGUCAUCAGCAUACUCUGCGAUCUCGGACUAUACGCCUAGAGGACGUUCCCCAGCUCUGAUGUCCGGGGGGUCCCAGAUGCGCACGCCGUCCGGUACUAGAAGAUCCCCGGAAACCAGGCCAGCAUCAUAUGCCGAAUUGUUGAACGUGCCAUACCCGCAACCGGCUCCUGCCCCCAUUAGCUUCGACAACAACCAGUUAAGGAGUGCGGUCGGCAACAAUGCUUCGCUUCUCAGUUCUCAGAAGACCCUUGAGAUGUAUCGCCAGAACGUCAAGAAGACCAACGAUUUCUCCAUCCAGUACUCAUUUGCUGUCUUCCUGAUCUCCACGGCCCAAGAACAAGGCCUCGACACGAGCGAGCAAGCACCGCGCAAAGCAAACUCCAGUCCCAAGAACGCAUCUACGUCGACUCCUUACGACCUCCUCCGUGAGGCCAAGGGCAUUCUUCAGAAACUUGCCAGCGGCGGCUACCCAUUUGCCCAAUACUAUCUCGCCGAUGGAUAUGCCUCUGGUCUGUUUAGCAAGGGAAAGGAGGAUUACAACCAGGCGUUUCCCCUCUUUGUUCUCGCCGCAAAGCAUGGCCACGCCGAAUCCGCAUACCGCACUGCGUUAUGCUACGAGUUCGGAUGGGGUUGUCGCAAAGAUCCUGCAAAGGCCGUCCAAUUCCUGCGCAUGUCUGCAUCGAAGCGUCAUCCCGGCGCCAUGUCCCGGCUCGGCAAGGCUUGUCUGUCUGGCGAUUUAGGCGAGAAGCGAUACCGCGAAGGUAUCAAGUGGAUGAAGCUUGCAGCUGAGGCGGCCGAUUCCGUCUACAGCGCAGCCCCCUACCAGCUAGGGUGUUUGUAUGAGACGGGAUAUGGCGACGACAUCUUCAAGGAUGAGGUCUACGCAGCCGAGCUGUUUACCGCUGCCGCAGAGCUGGGUCACCCGGAAGCCAAUUUCCGCAUGGGAGAGGCUUACGAACACGGCAAGCUCAGCUGUCCUCGGGAUCCCGCGUUGAGUGUGCACUUUUACACUGGCGCUGCCGAGCGUGGACAUGCGGCGGCCAUGAUGGGUCUUUGCGCGUGGUACAUGGUUGGUGCAGAGCCAAUCCUGGAAAAAGACGAGGAGGAGGCUUACGAAUGGUCGCGCCGUUCAGCCGAAAUGGGAUACGUCAAGGCGCAGUACGCUGUAGGCUACUUCACAGAAAUGGGUAUCGGCUGCCGGCGCGAUAUCCUAGAGGCCAAUGUAUGGUACGUCAAGGCCGCCGACGCAGGCGACGAACGUGCAAAACAGAGGCUUGCUAUAAUCGAGGCGGCUGUCAGCGGCGGGACGCCUAUGGAAGUUGCGCCGCCUCGCAGUGGAAAGAUCAACAAGAAGAGUGGCGACGACAAGGAUUGCAUAGUGAUGUGA